UCACGUUCCGAGUUCCGCAUUACCAUCAGUGGCGUCAAGACAAGAUGCAGAUGUCUAUCGAAAGUUGGUUCAAUCUGCACUACUAUGGAUUCGGUCAGGAGGGAGCGAUGGCAAGCGAUGAGGAGGAAGAGGACGAUGAAGACGAGGAUGAUUAUCAGCUGCAGGCGGAACCAGUCGAAGAGAUCGAUGAUCGCGAAUUUCCCUUUCACGAUGAUGUAUUCUACAUCAACCUGAAGGCACCGCGAGUGCGGACAGGAUUUGAUAAUUUACCAACGGAGGUACGUCUGCGGAUGGAGCAUCUUCGCCUGAUACUGAUGCCCCCUUCUAUUGGUUUCCAGAUUCUUAUCAAUGUCUUUCGCUAUCUCAACACAUUCGAUCGUAAUUCGGCGGCGCUCGCAUGCAAACGGUGGUUCGAGGUCAUGCGUUACCGAGAGUUCCUUGAUGAGGUGUGUUUCCAUUUCGAGGAGGUUAGUAUCUGCGAUGGUGCCCCACCGAUCGAAACAUUUCUGCGCAGUUUUCGUCAUUUUAGCACCAUCAAGCUGACCAAGGUGCAGUUCAAUGGUUAUUGCGAGUUCUGGGACCUCUUCGGAGAGCAUAUCCGCGAGAUCACGUUCGUCAACUGUACCAAUAUUACAAAGUCUAGAUUAACUAUGAUCCUGAAACGUUUACCGUUUCUUGAGUGUCUUGCAUUGGAGGAGUGCGAUGAGCUGUUCAAGAGCUGGACACCGGUGGACAAGAAGCGUAUCGAGCCGGUUUGCCGGUGUCUGCGUAAGCUAACACUACGCAAGAGCAACGCCUUCACCGUCGAACAUCUUGACUAUCUGAUCGCGAUGGGACCGAACAUUUCCUCAUUAGAGAUCUCCAAGUGUCUAAAGCAGAUCGAUGCACCGACGCGUGUCAAGAUACUGACCUGUAUACUGGCGAUAAUGGAGCGGCGCAAGAAGAAGCUACGUUCGGUUGACUUCAGCUACACGAUGUACGAUGAUCUGUUCUUGAAACAGUUCGCCGAAAUCGAGGACAUGACGUUGAGCCAGAUUAGUCUUUCGUUUUUCGAACGAGCACCCAUCAAGGAACCGGGCAUUAUCGAUAUUCUACGUUGCCACACGAACAUCGUUCAUCUGGAUUUGUCCUCGUUCUUGAAUCUGACCGAUUUCGCGCUCAUCGAAAUCACCAGUUCACUCUAUCUGCUCAAAACCCUCAAACUAAAUGGAUGCUGGCUGUUGACAGACUUUGGAGUGGAAUCAAUCUACAAGCUGGAUCGCUUACAAGUGCUCGAUCUUUCCGAUUGCGACAAGAUUAGCGAUCGCGGGUUCAUGAAGGCAAUCGUUGAUCGUAGGCGCGACUGCAUGUGCCAGCUGUACCUAAGCAUGUUGCCGGGUCUAACGGAUAGUGUUAUUCUGAAAAUCUGCCUCACGCUGUUGAAUCUCACCGUUAUUGACUUCUGUGGAUCCGAUUGUAUGAACGAUACAUCGGUACAGUUUCUCUUCUGUUAUCUCAAAUGUCUACGCGUGCUGCGACUCAACGGAUGCGUAAAGAUAUCGGAUGCAGGAUUGACGGGCGAGAACCUUCCGGUGGCUGCGAUCGAGAUUUGGGAUGUACAGACAACAUUCUCGGUCUCGGAACUAAACAGCCUUCAAGAGCUGCAGCUAUCCGGAUGUUUCAAAGUGACGGACAUCACGCUAAUGCACUCGUUCAGAUUUCGAGAGCUGAAGGAACUCAAUCUCGCUCAUUGUGUCCAGAUCACCGAGAUAGGCAUCGAAGCGAUGUCGCUGAACUGUCCUGCCCUGGAAUCGAUCGAUUUGAGUGACUGUUUCCACGUGAACGAUCGAGCUGUAGAGGCUUUAUCGAAGAAUCUCCUGAGAUUGCGGAUUCUCAAGCUCGUCCGCUUACCGUUGCUGACCGGCGCGAGCAUAGAUUCCUUGGUGUGCAACUGUAAGAUGCUAAGAUAUUUGUACAUCCGCGGGUGUAACAAGCUGCCCAAGGAUUCGGGUGACCGAUUGAAGAAAAUCCCCACCCUACGCAACAUACCCAAGUGUUAGUGUAA